AAUCAAAUGAUUGAGUCAGUCAGUAUAUAUGAUUUUGCUUUUUACUCUCCGUUUCUCGCAAAAUGAAGUGCCCCUACUGUUCGGCGUCGCAAGCGCGGUGUGCCACCACAAACACUGGCCGAUCAAUAACAGAGUGCACAUCUUGUGGCCGUGUCGUCGAGGAACGUCAAUUUCAACCUUACCACCUUUUCCACAUCCGAGCCCAAGACAAUCCUCUCUGCCUAGUCACCUCCGAUCUCCCUUCGCUCCACAACCAAGCCCGCCAUGCUCGCCAAGGAGACGAGGAGGACCCAUUCGAACCCACAGGCUUCAUCACCGCAUUCUCCACUUGGUCUCUCGAGCCAACUCCACUUUCCCUACGUUCAUCCCUUUCCUUCUCCGGCCACCUCGCUGAGCUGGAACGCACCCUUGAAUUAACCACCUCGUCAUCGAAUUCGACUUCAUCAACGGUGGUUGUUGAUAAUCUGAGAGCGUAUAUGCAGAUUAUUGACGUGGCUUCUAUUUUGGGGUUAGAUUAUGAUAUUUCGGAUCAUGCAUUUCAGUUAUUUAGGGAUUGUUGCUCGGCUACUUGUUUGAGAAACCGCAGCGUUGAGGCACUUGCCACCGCUGCUCUUGUUCAGGCCAUUAGGGAGGCCCAGGAGCCCAGAACCCUUCAGGAAAUCUCAAUUGCUGCCAAUGUUCCUCAGAAGGAGAUUGGGAAGUACAUCAAGAUAUUAGGAGAAGCUCUACAACUUAGUCAGCCAAUUAAUAGCAAUUCCAUUUCAGUCCAUAUGCCUAGAUUCUGCACACUCCUCCAAUUGAACAAAUCUGCUCAGGAAUUGGCAACUCACAUUGGAGAAGUUGUUAUCAACAAAUGCUUCUGCACUCGGAGGAAUCCCAUUAGCAUCUCUGCAGCUGCUAUAUAUCUAGCAUGCCAAUUAGAAGACAAGCGGAAGACACAGGCAGAGAUUUGUAAGGUGACAGGGCUCACUGAAGUCACCCUCAGAAAAGUCUACAAGGAACUGUUGGAGAAUUGGGAUGAUCUACUCCCAUCCAAUUAUACACCUGCUGUUCCUCCUGAGAAAGCGUUUCCUACUACAACAAUUUCCUCAGGUCGUUCAUCUGCACCUAAAAUUGACCCAGUUGAACUAACACCAUCCUCUUCCGACAAAGAUAAACAACCAGAAAAUAAACCAAAUAAAGCAAAUGAUGUGUUGCUGAGGACUAAAGAAGAUGCUGCGAGUAAUGGUAAUUCUCGUGGUCCCCAUGCCCCUCCAUGGCAGAAUUUUAGGCAGCCCUGGCUUCAAUUUGGAACUUCUGGAGUUAGGAUACCAGGAGAGAAAAAUCAGAAUGCAACUCGAGGCGAUAUCAAUGAGUUGCAGUCUAACUGUCAUGAGUUGGAAGAUAAGGUAGAGAAGCAGAAAAUGGAUAAAGACUCCACAGUUGUGGGCAGGCCAAAUCAAUUUUCAAGCCCCCCAGUUUCGGGUGUGAGUACAAUCACCUGGCCAUUUCGGUCCACACCUUCAUCAGGGCCUUCUCCAAUUGUGCAGCCACCACCCAAAUUAGCACCAGGUUAUGCUGAGCUUAAAGGUAUUGGCAGUCAAAAUGGUGGUAAAAAUGCUAACACGAAUGGAGAUAACAAGUAGCAGGUAUGGAUAGGUCAUGCUUUAGUGCUGUAUAUUGUGGAACACUAAAUAUUUGCGUGGCUUUCUCCAAUUAAGUUGUUGAAAUUUUUAAUUUUUCGGCUUAGUAAGUGUGUAUAUUGCUCUGUGGACCUGAGUUGGAACAGAAAUUUGAGUUUCUUUCAACCCCCCAA